ACAAAAAUUCACGAAAGAUAUUACAGGCCGCUUCCGCCACCCAACUUUGAAAGUCCUAUACUGAGGUGGGGAUCGACGAUAUAUAAAGCCGGUCACGAUCUGGUACAGGCAUCGCUGAUCCAGUAGAUUCACUCAAUCUCAACAAUGGCAUUCAAGUUCGUCCUUUUCGCCGCCCUCGUGGCUGCUGCCAACGCCGGAAACCUCAUCGCUCCGGCGCCUCUGGCCUACGCCGCGGCUCCGGCUUACGCCCACGCCGCCCCCGUGGCCUACGCCGCCCCCGUCGCGAAAACCGUCGUGACCAAGACCGUCGACGCUGAAUACGACCCCCAUCCCCAGUACAGCUACGCCUACGACGUCCAGGACUCGAUCACCGGCGACAACAAGCAACAGCACGAAACCCGCGACGGAGACGUGGUGCAGGGUAGCUACUCGCUCGUCGAAGCCGACGGAAGUCGUCGUACCGUCGACUACACCGCCGAUCCCGUCAACGGAUUCAACGCCGUCGUCCACAAGGAACCCGCCGGUGUAGCGAUCAAAACCGUCGCCGCCGCCCCCGUCGUCGCCAAGUACGCCGCUGCCCCAGUCGUCGCUAAAUACGCCGCCCCCGUCCACUACGCCGCUGCCCCAGUCGUCGCCAAGUACGCUACCCCUGUGCAGUACGCCGCUGCCCCCGUCGUCGCCAAGUACGCUGCCCCCGUCCACUACGCCGCUGCCCCAGUCGUCGCCAAGUACGCCGCCCCCCUCCACUACGGCGCUGCCCCAGUUGUCGCUAAAUACGCCGCCCCCACCCACUACGCUGCUGCCCCAGUUGUCGCCAAGUACGCUGCCCCUCUGCAGUACGCCGCUGCCCCCGUCGUAGCGAAGUACGCAGCCCCCGCAGCGUACACUUCUUACGCCUCCCCCGUCUACGGAUACAGCCACUAAUUCGCCAAUUCUGGUCUAAACUAUUUAUUCAAUAAAACAUUUGAAUUCGCAAAA